AUGCGUGAGAAUGACGACGGAGGGGAUAAAGAGAGAGCGCCAUCUAUUGAUGGGAGCCGAGAUAGACGGACAGGUCGAGAAGGGAAAGCGCGGGUGAGUCGCGAGGACACCGACCAGAUGAGGUCUCUGAUGGAGCUGGCAAUUAAGAUUGAUGAUGAUGAUGAUGAAGAAGAAGAAGGUGAGAGACGGACUUUCGAUGCGGCGCCGCCCGGCUCUGCUCUCCCCCUCCCCCACCAAUCAUAUCCCCAAGAUCGUCCACCAUUGACGAUCGCCAAGGCACUAGACGCGAUUCGGCAGGUUGUGCCGGAGGAUCAGCUGGCCGGCAGGGCUUAUCGUGUCAUGGGGAUAGCUUCACGCACGGGGAAGCUGCCAUCUGCCGACCCUACGAUAGCCGAGUGA